AUGUACAGUUUGUUCGAAGGAAAGUUCAACGUACGACACAUUUUCCAAUCUCCGAACAACAUCGAUCGUUGUCAUAUUGAUGAAUGUUUCAACAUGUAUUUUCAUGGAGAGAUGGUGAUGGGAUGGAAUUGUCCUCAUUGUAAAGCACCACGGGACGCAAUCAAGAAACUUGACAUUUCCAAAUUGCCACCAGUCUUAGUGAUUCAUCUUAAGCGAUUUUACGCUGACCCUUACAUGAAUUGUACGUACCGUAAGAAAACUAUUUAUGUUGACUUUCCACUCACCGAUAUGAAAAUGAUGCCUUACGUUGUUCGAACGGGUAAGAACAAUGGAUCAGAUCUACAGCACAUUUAUCGUUUGUAUGCUGUGUCGAAUCAUUACGGAAGUACCGAAUCUGGCUAUUUUACACAUCAUUGCUGA